UAAGUUAAAAGGGGGAGGGAGUAAAUUAGUAGCUUGACUUGGUCAAAAGGAGACAACUAGCCAAUUAUUAUGGUUUGAUUCUUCAAAGCCAAAUAGUUGGCUCUAAAUGACUAUUUUAUUGUUGGAAUAAGAGUUGACUUGACAGACUUCAUUAUCAAAUGAAAAGAAACACAAGGAAAGCAUCAAAUUAACAUGAUCCAAGCAAGCUCUAAACUUUUUUGGCUCAAUAUGCAAAUCUUCUUCCUAAUUAGCCUGUCUUUCCAAGAAACCUUACAAUUUUCAGGCACGGAACGGUCCACAUUACUAAGCUUGAAACAACACUGGAGGGAUUCGGAGUUUUUCCAGUCGUGGAAUUUGAAUUCUUCAGAAUGCAAUUGGUUAGGAGUUUCAUGCAUCAAUGACAUGGUAGAGACACAAUUAAAUCUUGGAGAAAAGAACAUUACUGGAACAAUUCCAUCAACAAUAAUAUGUCAGCUCAACAACCUUACCUUCAUUGAUCUCUCCAACAACAACAUAUCAGGAACUAUACCACUAAGCCUGAAAGAUUGCUCAAUGUUACAACAUUUGGACUUGUUCAAUAAUUCUUUGAGCGGCCGGAUUCCAGGUGUUGUUGUUUGGGAUGAAAACACUAGUCAAUUUGUAUCUUAAUGGUAACAUGUUGUCCGGUGAAAUGCCAAAGCAAAUAUCAGCAUCCCAACUGAAAAAUCUUGAUCUUUCUGAGAACCACUUGAACGGUUCGAUUCCAGAAGCUAUUGGUAACUUGAAAAAUCUUGUGAAAUUGGAUCUGUCACAUAAUUCUCUAAGUGGUUCUAUUACAAGCAAGUUGUUUCAAUUGAACCAAUUGAGUCACUUGUCGCUAAGUUACAACUACUUAUCUGGUGUAUUACCUAAUGCAAUGAACUUGUUUAGUUUGUAUGAUAUGGAUCUUUCUCAUAACCAAUUGACUGGUUCUAUUCCAAAGGGACUUGCAAGUUCAACUGGACUGGAUGCUUUGGAUUUGUCGUAUAAUCAGUUAUCAGGAAACAUUUCAGAAAGUAUAAAACAUCUUAGGCCUAGAAUUAGUUUAAGGCUUUGUUCCAACAAAUUCUCAGGAAGAAUUUCUUCUGAAUUUGUUAAGCUAACAUAUGAAGAGAAUUGCUUUGAUGAGUCCAAUCUUUCUUCUACAUCCAAUAGCUUAUCUAUCCCUGGGCUACCAAGCUUUCUCUCUGGUGAUGAGGUUCAAAAAAUUUCGAGAUCACAACACUUGAUUAUUCCUAUUGUAGGAGUUGGGGUAGCUAUACUGUUAUUAUGGAUCUUUCACAGAACCAGAAAGCAUUGGUGGAAAACAAAGAUGCAGAAUGUCAAAGAUAACAUAAAGUUCAUUUCAUUUCAAAAGUUGAAGGUGACUACAGAAGACAUAUUAUCUAGCUUGAAAGACGAAAACAUAAUAGGAAAUGGAGGAUCAGGGAAGGUCUAUCGAGUUGUGAUAGACCAAACAGGCAAUACUUAUGCUGUUAAAAGCAUAGGGCAUGGAGAAAAAUCAGGUGGAAGACCCCAAAAGGAGUUCCUGGCAGAAGUUAGAACACUUGGUAGCAUUCGACACAACAACAUUGUCAAGCUCAUGUGUUGCAUCUCAAGUUUAGACAGAAAGCUUCUAGUCUAUGAAUACUUUGAGAAACAAAGCCUAGACAAGUGGCUUCACAGAAAGAAAAGAGCAGCGUCACCCGGUCAAAGUAGUACCCCGACCCUGGAUUGGCAAAAGAGAUUAAAAAUAGCCACUGGUGCAGCUCAAGGACUCAGCUAUAUGCACCACGACUGUACUCGACCCAUCAUUCAUAGAGACAUUAAGUCCAGCAAUAUACUUCUGGACUCAGAAUUCAAUGCAAAAAUAGCAGAUUUUGGACUAGCAAAAAUACUAUCCCGGAGGGAUGAUGAUCCUGAGACAGCUUCUGCUAUUGCUGGAACAUUUGGUUACAUUGCACCAGAGUAUGCCUCGACAUUCAGAGUGAAUAUAAAGACAGAUAUAUAUAGCUUCGGAGUGGUUCUAUUAGAAUUAACAACAGGGAGACAACCCAUUCUCAGAGAAGAGCAAAUGAAUCUAGCACAAUGGGCUCAACAGCGUUACAGAGAUGGGAAUUUCAUUGUUGAGGCCCUUGAUGAAGAAAUCAUGGAAACAAGUAAUGUGGAACAAAUGAGAGGUGUUUUUAAACUAGGACUGAUGUGUACUGGAGCAACACCAUACGGUAGGCCGUCAAUGAAGGAGGUCUGCAACAUUCUUCAAAGCUUCAGAGACACCAUAUUUUGAGAAAACAGAAUGUUUAGCCUUACAUGGAUAAAUGUAGUUGUAUUUUUUUAACAGAAUGAGAAAGUCUCAAUAGCCUCAGCUGGUUUAAGUGGUGUCAAACACAAGGGCUUGUAAGCUUUACCUUAGAAUGUUACUCCUUGUUCAUAAUUGAGAUGUAGCGAGGCAAGAGCUAAGUGUCUUGGCAAUUACAGUGUUUGUAUAUAUCAUUCGGGAGAUUAGACAGAUUUUAAGCACACUGAGCAUUAAGGUCUAACAAUGCUUUAGGAAGGAUAAUCAUGAUGCAGAUGCUUUAGCUAAAUGAGUAAUGGAGGUUAGACCCAUAUCUUUUUUUAAUUCUUCAGACAACCUGCCUAUUCCCAACCAAUGUGGGACUUUUACCCACUCUAACACGGGAAGUAGAUUUCUUUCAUGAAUAGAGAUGCUGGUAACAGAACCAUUUCUGCAGCCUAUAGCAUACCAACUGCAGUGUGAGGAACUGGAAUCCAAUAAUUGAUGAAAUCCCCAUAGUUGCUUCAGCUCCAACAAAAUGCUCUUCUCAUUUUCGUAGACGUCACUCUGUAAACCACC